UUGGUCACAACAAAAGCACCUGAGAAUUGGACCUCCACUUCUGUAGGGUCAAUAGAGCCACGGUGGACGGAAACACAGCAUUUAGUUAGUCACCAUGUUCAAUCUGAUGAAAAAGGAUAAGGAGAGGGAAGGAAGCAGGAAGGAGAAGAAGGAUAAAAAGGAGAGGAUGUCUGCAGCAGAGCUGCGCAGCCUGGAGGAGAUGAGCAUGCGCCGCGGUUUCUUUAAUUUGAAGAGGGAGGCCAAGCGUGAGUCCAAGAACAAACUGGAGAUCUCCAACCCCAUUCCUAUCAAAGUGGCCAGCAGCAACGAGCUCACCCUCACUGACAUCGAGUCGGAUGGCCUGAGUAACCGGAGCAGCAUGGUUUUGGAUGACCAGCUGAGCGCUGCCAGCUCCACUGAUGACCUGAAGGGUGAGUGUGGAGGAGGACAGGAUGGACACCGCAGCUCAGUGCGGGAUCGUGUGGCUCACUUUGGUUCACUUGCCAAGACAAACUCGGCGCAGGUUGGUCAGAUGAUGAAACGCUUUUCUUUUUCCCAAAAAAGUAAAGAGGAGAGCCCCUCAGAGGGCUCCACCCCCUCCGGCCAGAACUCUGCCGCCCCGUCCCCGCAGGUGGAGAGCAAAGUUUUCAGCAUGCUCCGCAAGCACAGCCUGAGGCAGCACCCCGAAGCAGCACCAUCUACCAAAAAAGUCUGCAUCCCUGAAGUGGUCGACAAGACCUUCCCUGCACAGCUGCAGCUACCGGCCGUGGUCGCACCAAGUGAGCCAGAAACCCGAGAGCUGGAGCUCCAACGCCGCAACACCGGCGACUUUGGAUUUUCUUUGCGCCGCACCACCAUGCUGGAUCGCAGUCCUGACGGAGGAGUUUACAGGCGUGUGGUCCACUUUGCCGAGCCUGGCGCCGGCACCAAGGACCUGGCACUUGGACUGGUGCCGGGAGACAGGCUGGUGGAGAUAAACGGACGGAACGUGGAGAACAAGAGCCGGGACGAGAUAGUGGAGAUGAUCCGUCAGUCGGGAGACACGGUUCGGCUGAAGGUGCAGCCCAUCCUGGAGCUGAGUGAGCUGAGUCGCUGCUGGCUGAGGAACACAGAGGGACUGCGCAGGGAGGCCAGACAUGUGAAGACAGAGGAGCAGAUUGCAGCGGAGCAGGCCUGGUAUGGAUCAGAGAAAGUCUGGCUCAUCCACAAAGAUGGCUUCUCCCUGGCCACCGUGGUAAAAACAGAGGCAGGCUCCCUGCCAGAGGGCAAGGUGAAAAUCAAACUGGAGCAUGAUGGGGCAACACUGGAAGUGGACGAAGACGACAUAGAAAAGGCAAACCCUCCAGCAUACAACUGCUCAGAGGACCUGGCAUCGCUGCUCUAUCUGAAUGAGUCCAGUGUGAUGCACUGCCUGAGGCAGCGCUAUGGAGGCAACCUCAUUCACACCUACGCUGGACUCAACAUGGUGGUCAUCAACCCCCUCAGCACCCCCUCCAUGUACUCUGAGAAGGUGAUGCACAUGUUCAAAGGCUGCCGGCGUGAGGACACGGCGCCUCAUAUCUACUCUGUGGCCCAGUCUGCUUACCGCAACCUGCUCACCACCCGGCAGGAUCAGUCCAUUGUGCUGCUGGGCAAGUCCGGCAGCGGCAAGACCACCAACUGCCAGCACCUGGUCCAGUACCUGGUCUCUAUCGCUGGCAGCACGGGCAAAAUCUUCUCCGCUGAGAAGUGGCAGGCGGUCUACACCAUCCUGGAGGCUUUCGGCAACAGCUCCACCGCCAUGAACACCAACGCCAGCCGCUUCUCCCACGUGGUGUCCCUUGACUUCGACCAGGCUGGACAGGUGGCCUCUGCCUCCAUCCAGACCAUGCUGCUGGAGAAACUGAGGGUGAGCAAACGUCCUGAGGCAGAGUCCACCUUUAAUGUCUUCUACUACAUGAUGGCGGGAGCCGACAGCAGCCUGAGAACGGAGCUGCACUUUAACCACCUGGCUGAGAACAGUGCUUUUGGGAUCCUACCACAGUCGAAGCCUGAGGACAAGCAGCGAGCCGCGCAGCAGUUCACCAAGCUGCAGGCAGCCAUGAAGGUGCUAGGCAUCGCGAGUGAGGAGCAGAAGGCCCUCUGGCUCAUCCUGGGGGCCGUGUACCACUUGGGAGCCGCAGGAGCAACUAAAGCGGGACGCAGGCAGUUUGCCCGUCAUGAAUGGGCCCAAAAGGCGGCCUACCUGCUGGGUUGUACGCUGGAGGAGCUGUCCUCGUCUAUCUUUAAGCACCAGGCCAAAGGACUACAGCACUCCACAUCCUUCAGAGGAGGAACGGACGAUGCUGGCCAAGGGGACAGCUCAGGCUCUAAGAUCACAGCUCUGGAGUGUUUGGAGGCCAUGGCGUCUGGACUCUACUCAGAGCUCUUCACUCUUGUCAUCUCCCUAAUUAACAGGGCUCUGAAGUCCAGUCAGCAUUCUCUGUGCUCCCUGCUGAUCGUGGACACUCCGGGUUUCCAGAACCCUCGGCUGGCUCAGCAGCAGCGGGGAGCCACGUUUGAGGAGCUCUGCCACAACUACACCCAGGAGAGGCUGCAGACCCUGUUCCAUGAGCGCACCUUUGUCCAGGAGCUGGAGAGAUACAAGGAGGAAAACAUAGAGCUUGCUUUAGAUGACAUAGAGUCCAGUACCUCAUUGUCGGUAGCAGCUAUUGACCAAGCCUCAACCCAAGCUCUGGUGCGCACUCUGGCCAGGACGGAUGAGGCUCGAGGCCUCCUUUGGCUGAUGGAGGAGGAGGCUGUUCAGCCCGGAGGUUCAGAGGAAACAAUGCUUGAGAGACUCUUCAGUUACUACGGCUCUGCAAAGGGAGAAAACAAAGAAUCCAGCCUGCUACUGCGAGGAGAGAAGCCCCACCUCUUCCUGCUUGGCCACAGCCACGGGACGGACUGGGUGGAGUACAAUGCUCAGGGCUGGCUCAGCCACGCCAAGCACAACCCUGCCGCCCAGAACGCUGCCACGCUGCUGCAGGACUCCCAGAAGAAGAACAUCAGUGGGUUGUUCAUGGGCCGGGCCAGCGGGGCCACAGUGUUGUCGGGCUCCAUCGCCGGUCUGGAGGGCAGCUCACAGCUGGCCCUGCGAAGAGCCACCAGCAUGAGGAAAACCUUCACCACAGGAGUGGCUGCCGUCAAGAAGAAGAGUCUGUGUAUCCAGGUCAAACUGCAAGUGGAUGCUCUGAUUGAUAUGGUGCGUCGUUCCAGGGUUCACUUCGUCCACUGCCUGCUGCCCAAAGCAGAGGCAGUGGGUGGUGGAGGUGAGCCCCGAGUGACGCAUGGAGAGAGCCCCGACUCAGGCCUUAUGACUUUGGACGUGGGCCUCCUGAGAGCUCAACUCAGAGGAUCCAAGCUGCUAGAUGCACUACGCAUCUACAGGCAAGGAUACCCAGACCACAUGGUGUUCUCUGAGUUCCGCCGGCGUUUUGAUGUCCUAGCACCACAUCUGACCAAGAAGCAUGGCCGCCACUACAUUGUCACAGAUGAGAAGAGGGCAGUGGAGGAGCUGCUGGAGUCGUUGGAGCUGGAGAAGAGCAGCUACCACAUGGGGCUGAGCAGGUUGUUCUUCAGAGCGGGGACUCUGUCCAGGCUGGAGGAGCAGCGAGACGUCCAGACCAGGAGAAACAUUACUCUGUUUCAGGCUGCCUGCAGGGGAUACCUGUCCAGACAGGCCUUCAAGAAGAGGAAGAUCCAGGAUCUGGCCAUCCGCUGCAUCCAGAAGAACAUAAAGAAGAAUCGUGGUGUGAAGGGCUGGCCAUGGUGGAAGCUCUUCACCACCGUCAGACCGCUGAUAGAGGUGCAGCUCACUGAGGAGCAGAUCCGUGGCAAAGACGAGGAGAUCCAGCAGCUGAAGCAGAAGCUGGACAAGGUGGAGAAAGAGAGGAACGAGCUGAGGCUCAACAGUGACCGCCUGGAGAGCAGGAUCACAGAGUUGUCGUCAGAGCUGGCUGAUGAACGGAACACCGGGGAGUCAGCCUCCCAGCUGCUAGAGACGGAAACUUCAGAGAGACUGCGCCUGGAGAAGGACAUAAAGGACCUACAGGCCAAGUUUGACACCAUGAAAAAACAGAUGGAGUCCAUGGAGAUGGAGGUGAUGGAGGCUCGACUCAUCAGGGCGUCUGAACUCAACGGAGAGAUGGAUGAUGACGACACAGGAGGAGAGUGGAGGCUGAAGUAUGAGCGAGCCAUCAGGGAGAUUGAAUUCACCAAGAAGAGACUGCAGCAGGAGUUUGAGGACAAGCUGGAGGUGGAGCAGCAGAACAAACGGCAGCUGGAGAGGAGGGUGAGUGCACAUCACACAAAUUUUCAGUCACACACCUGCAGCUACAAACCAUGAAAAAAAGGUAAUGUCAAAUUAACNNNCGAACUGCAGGACACCAAGCUUCACCUGGAGGGCCAACAGAGCCGCAACCACGACCUGGAGAAGAAGCAGAGGAAGUUUGACAGUGAGCUGAGUGCAGCCCAAGAGGAGGUGCAGAGGGAGAGGACCCUGAGGGAGAAACUGGCCCGAGAAAAAGACAUGCUGAGUGGAGAUGCCUUCAGCCUCCGACAGCAGCUGGAGGACAAGGACCUGGAGGUGUGCGCGGUCAAACUGAAGGUGGAUCAGCUGGAGGCCGAGCUGCAGGACCUCAACUCCCAGGAAUCCAAGGAUGAGGCAUCACUGGCCAAGGUGAGGAAGCAGCUUCGGGACAUGGAGGCCAAGAUGAAGGAUCAGGAAGAAGAGCUGGACGAGCAGGCCGGCACCAUCCAGAUGUUGGAGCAGGCCAAGCUUCGUCUGGAGAUGGAGAUGGAGCGUUUGCGUCAGACUCAUUCCAAGGAGAUCGAGAGCAAAGACGAUGAGGUGGAGGAGAUCAGACAGUCCUGCAGCAAGAAGGUGAAGCAAAUGGAAGUCCAGCUUGAAGAGGAGUACGAUGAGAAGCAGAAGGUGCUGAAAGAGAAGAGAGAGCUGGAGUCAAAGUUUCUGUCAGCACAGGACAAGGUGAGAAGUGGUGACAUAGAAACUGAGAAGCGUUUGAGGAAGGACCUGAAGAGGACCAAGGCUCUGCUGGCUGACGCACAGAUCAUGUUGGACCACAUUAAGAACAAUGCACCCAGCAAGAGGGAGAUCGCCCAGCUCAAAAACCAGCUGGAGGAGUCUGAGUUCACCAGUGCGGCUGCUGUUAAAGCUCGUAAAUCCAUGGAGGUGGAGAUUGAAGAUCUGCAUGUCCAGAUGGAGGACAUCUCUAAAACUAAACAGGCGUUGGAGGAGCAGCUGAGUCGUCUGCAGAGAGAGAAGAACGACCUGCAGUCCAGGAUGGAGGAGGACCAGGAGGACCUCAAUGAGCUCAUGAAGAAACACAAGGCUGCUGUGGCUCAGUCGGCCCAGAACCUGGCGCAGAUCAGUGACCUACAAGCCCAGCUGGAAGAGGCCCUCAAGGAGAAGCAGGAGAUUCAGGAGAAGAUGCAAGCCCUCCAGAGCCAGCUGGAGUUCCAAGAGCAGUCCAUGGUAGAGAAAUCCCUGGUCAGCAGGCAGGAGGCCAAGAUCCGCGAGCUGGAGACCAAGCUGGAGUUUGAGAAGACCCAGGUCAAACGGCUGGAGAGCCUUGUAGCUCGUCUGAAGGAAAACUUGGAGAAGCUGACAGAAGAUCGAGACCAGCGUAGCAGCAGCGAGAAUCGAGAGAAGGAGCAAAACAAACGGCUGCAGAGACAGAUCCGUGACGUCAAAGAGGAGAUGGGCGAACUGGCCAAAAAGGAAGCCGAGGCCAGCCGCAAGAAACACGAGCUGGAAAUGGACAUUGAGAGCUUAGAGGCUGCAAACCAGAGCCUGCAGGCAGACCUCAAACUGGCCUUUAAAAGGAUUGGUGACCUCCAGGCAGCCAUCGAGGACGAGAUGGAGAGUGACGACAAUGAGGACCUCAUCAACAGUUUGCAAGACAUGGUGACAAAGUAUCAGAAAAGACAGAACAGAGUUCAGGGGGAUUCAGAUACAGACUCCGAGGUGGAGGAUCGUGUGGAUGGGGUGAAGUCCUGGUUGUCUAAAAGCAAAGGCUCUGCCAAGAACUUUUCAGAUGACGGCAGCCUCAAGAGCUCCAGAUUUGCCACAAAUGUAGACGCAAAGGAAGGGAAAGAGUGGAAAGAGGGUAAGGAACUGAAAGAGGUCAACAAAGAGGGCAAAGAGUUAGAGACCAACAGGCCAGUGUCAGUGAUGAGCUCGCUCAGCUACAGAAAACGCUCCAACCUGGAUUCCAUCGGCGGAAAAGGGGAUGCCCUUUUCAGUGCUCUAAAGGAAAAUCUUGAUUCAGAAGACACUUUGUCGUACCAUAAGGCUAAAGCCAAGAACUCCGAUCUUCAGGAUGACACCUACUCAGUCAGCUCCAGGAGGAGGUCCCAGGCAGGGGAUGACAUCAACGGCAGAGAAUCAGUCAUCUCCCAGGCCUAUUCAGAGGCAAACAGCCGCACCAGGAAAGGCUUGGACAGCCGUCGGGGUGACUUUGACAAAGAAUCAGUCAUUUCAUAUGCUGCACCAAGUCGGGCCUCCACACGUUUUGGGGUAAGCCCAGAGAAUGAUGCCAAGUCUACCAUCAGCUUAGGUCUAUCAAGCCCACUUGGACGCCGCCCAAGCACCUCACGCUUUGAAGCGGGCAGAGGCGGGCGGCCGCUGUAUGCCAGUAGUCCCAGUAGCCCUUGCUUUAGCCGGCGGUCUGGGGGUCGCAGUCCUGGAGUUCUCAGCCGAGCGGAUUCCCAUAUGUCGCUGGCACGCAGUUGCCGCUUGAGCGAGUUUGACGUUGAUUUUGAUGAUAGUCAAAGCAUGGCGUUCACCGAGAGGUCGGCAUACAGUCCUCACUCCUCUACUGGCCGCAGCGUCUCCAUGCCACCACCACAAGCCAGAUCAUCAACUACUGAUAAAGACCCAGUUGAUGACUUGGAUAUCAGACCAGUCAGUCAUCGCAACUACCUUGACCCUGACCUGGAGAAAGCCAUCAAUGAGGUGCUGAGUUUCAAGCCUAUUAAGUUCAAGCGCCGGAGCUUGGAAGACUCCGAGGGUGAAGAAGAAAAAUCCAAGGAUGAUAAAGAUGACAGCAAAAGUGUCCGUAAUGGUGAUGCUACUCGCCCGACCAGCAGUCUUAGACGCUCUGCAUCCGCAGUGGAUUGCAUGAGACCAUCCCGCAGUGGCAGCAGCAGCAGUCGCCAUCGCAGCAAGAGCAAAAACAAGAGCAAGAAAAAGAAGAGAAGCCACAGCUCAGAGUCUGACAGCUCAGGAGAUCGUCACAGGAGCAGCUCCAAGAGGAGGUCCAAGAAGUCAAAGAAGAAGUCCAAGAAGAGGGAUGAAUCUUCAUCUUCUUCCUCAUCUUCGUCGUUUUCAGAUUCCAAGACAGACUCUGGGUCAGAGUCAAGCUCCGGUGCGUCCACCAUUUCCUACCGAAGCUCCAGCAGUGUGAAGAAGGCCCCGGGUCGAAAGGCGUCCAGCCCAGAAGGGGGAGGAGAAGCUGGUGAGAGCCAGCCCGUGAACAAAAAGGAAGAAAAGAAGAGGAAGAAGAAGGUGGACAGCCUGAUGAUGAAGUACCUGUACCGGCCAGACAGUGACUGAGGCAGGCACCCCACUGGCCGAAGACACUACUACUUCAAUAGAUCUGAUGAAGAGGAGGAGGAA